GGGUUGAGGUGGAAUGUUUGGCGCUGACAGUCUGGUUAACUGGAAUUAGAGGCUGGCUGUGUUGACAGACCACCUUGAGGUUGCUGGGUGAGGGCUGAAAGCUGGGGAUUCUCCGACCGACCUACCGUCUGUCAAACCGUAGAAGCGGGAUCCAUGUCAAAAUGCCAACCUUUUCCGUGAUGUAUAAAGGCGCUGUCAUCAUUAGCAGGACAUUAAUGGGUCCAUAUGGGGUUGACCGUGCUGUUUAUUCCAUGGAGUUUACAGACUGUGAAAAUGGCCUGGGAAUCAAAGUGAUUGGUGGAGUAAAGGAGCUGACAGGGGAGGAGUUCGGAGUAUAUGUCAAAAGGGUUUUACCAGGUGGCCUUGCUUCAAGUGAUGGAAACCUCAUGCCAGGGGACCAGAUCUUGGAGGUGAAUGGUGACAGUUUAGUUGGAGUCACAAGUGAAAGAGCUGUGGACGUCUUGAGAGCAGCCUCAGCAACCAAUCACAUGCGCCUUCUCAUAGCCAGAGAUGAGGAAGCAAAGAGAGAAUUUUCUGAGUUGCUGGAAAAGUAUGGAUCUAGUGGUAGCACAGGAUCUACACGCAACUCUCCAAUCCAGCAAGGUGGCCGCCACCUGGAAAGUACAUCAUCUGGUUCCUCGUCCCGCUCCCAGAGUCCUUUGUUGUUGAGCCCAGCAGGCUCCCAAAAUAUGUACAACAAUAAUGGGCCCAUGCUGCGAUCCCUCAGUCACCCAGGUGAAGGAGUGAUUCAGCUACUUUCAGUGGCACGAUCAAGCAGUUUCGGCAUCACCAUUGGAGGAGGCUCCAACAGGCCUGAUGGCCCAGCAAUCUUCAUUCAGGAGGUGCUGUCUGGGGGAGACUGUCAUCGGGAUGGACGUCUGAGGCCUGGAGAUCAGCUGAUUGCCAUUAACAAGGAGUCCUUGAUAGGUGUAACCCAUGAGGAGGCCAAAAGCAUGCUCAACAAAGCUAAAUUCAGCCAAGACAGUGCAGUGGAAAUAGCCUUUAUCCCAGGAAAAGGACUUUUUCCCAGCAGCACAUCUCUUCACAAUGGGGUCCAUCGUGCUGCGGGUCACAACUCCGGGCGCUUAAAAGUCCACAUCAGAUCACCUGAGAUUUGUACAGAGGAGCCAGCUACAGUGUCUUCCCCCUCUCCUGACAUCUGCCCGCCAGAUAUACAUAUUUCAGGUUCAACAAGCCAGAGGUCCCCGACAGAGGGCAAACCCAAAAUAACUCUGGACCCCUACAUACGCCUGAAAUCAGACAAGUUAGACUUGGCUCUGUCCUUCCUUGGGUUGGAUGUCACAGAAGAGAAGGGGAACAAGUUGAAACAAAUUCUGAGCACAGACCCGCAAGGCACUGUUGCCUAUGGAGACUUCAUGGAUGCCACCCGAAACAUCUUUCAGGAAGACCUUGAGGAGCUUGGUUUAGGGGAGGGUCCCUUUAUGUUUUCUUAUCACGAAGCUGCAAGUUUGAUGGACACGUCAGCUUUCCACUCUCCUACAUAUGAAUCAGAAAGCAGCUACAGCAGUGAGGAGAUGGAGCAGUUUCAAUCAGAGGUGAAGCAACUGCAAACCCAGAUGAAGCAGCUUAAGGACAUGGAACACAGCAAGAAAACCUUACAGGAGGAGCUGCAGAAAACCUCAGAGAAAGCGUGUUUGACUGUUGAGGAGAACAGCCGUCUGAAGACUCGUCUCCAGGAAGCCGAGGCUGAGGCAGGGCAGCGCCAGACCAGCAGUGCAGAGCAGGACUACGAGGAGGUUAUCCAGCUACUUGAGGCUGAGAUCAGAGACCUAAAGAACCAACUGGCUGGCAAGAGGCAAGCACAAGAAGCAGAUGUCACCAAGGAGGAGGUGCUGGAGCUGAACAAGAGGCUGACAACCAUUGACUGCCAACUGAGGAGGUCAGAGCUGAGCAGGAAACACCUAGAGAUCUCCAACAAGAAACUGCUGGGUUUUGCUCAGAAUGUCCACAAAGUGCUGACAACACCAAGCCUGUUUGGAGGAGAGGGCAGGAGCAACAGGUCGUCCCCAGGCACUGACAUUCUGACACCCCAUCACCACUUCCUGAUCUAGCCUCUCAACUAGCUGUGGAGGCCCAAGAGCUGGUGGUGGGAGCUUGUACCAUGACCGCUGAUAACCAAGGUACAGAAUGCAAACUGGAAGUCACAAGAGAACUCUGAAGAGGACAGGAUUUAAAAAAAAAUGUUUACACAUUACAGACUGCAGACAUUUUUUAAUAUUUUGUGAAUGAAAGUUCAGGACUUUGGCCUUAUUGGCUGGUAAUAAAAACAACACAUUUCCUCCUCAGAUGACCAACAAUAUCCACAGCUCAUUUGCAUGGAUCAAAAUGUUGGCCUGAAGCUAAUAACGAAGCUUAACUGAUAAUACUCUCCUAAUUAAAAUGCAUAAUAAGUCAGACUUAUCUGAUGUGCUUUGAGGUCUUGGUGUAAUGUAGGCUACCAAUUUCUAUUUCACCUGAAUAUAAACAUACGUUAGCUUAACAUGUGGAUUUAUGUAGUUGGUGGGAAGUUGGCCAUGUAUGAUUGAAGAGCAUUAAAGUACAUUUUGUUUAAUUUGGGGAUUCUACAUUGACAUUUUGUAUAAAGGAGAGAUUAUUAAUUUUAGCUUAGUUUUUCAUUGUUUCAGACUACUGUUGCAGCUUUAAAAAACAGAUAUUGUGGAAACGUUCUUCAUAUGUCAAAAUGUUAUUCAAAAUGUAAUUUUUUAAUAUGUUCUUGUAUUUAUUGCAUGUAAAGAGAAAUAUUUCAAGCCUUUUUAUGUUUAUUUCGCUAAUUAUGGCUUAAAGCCAUGAAAAUCAGAAAUCCAAUAUAUCAAAAUAUAAUAUUUCCCUAAGAUAAAUUAAAAAAGGAUUCAAACCUCAGUAAUGACCAACUUCUGAAAGACCAAGUAUUAAUAUACAAUACUUGGUCUGGGCAAUGAGAUGUGGCAUUGAGGCAAUUAACAUUUGGCACUGCUGAGGUGCUUUGGAAGAUUAAGUUGCUUUAAUUAACAGUGGCCCCAGUAUUUUGGGACAGGUGUUUCUAAUCUUCUUGUUACAGUACCAAAUAUUAUCUAUGGGGUUACAAAAUUAAAAUUGAAAAAUGUUCGAAACAUUCUAGUUUACAUGAGUCUAGAAUUUGGAAAAUUUCCCAUUCCUUAUAAAAAAAAAAACAAAGGAAAAUAUUUAACUUUUUCAGGAUAUUUUAGUAUUUUUAGUUGCACCUGUAGUUCUGGAUUUACUCAGUUUAAUAUAUGUGGUAUUCUUUUUAGUGAUAUAAAGUACAUGAUAAUGACAAAUGAUUGUUACUAUAUUUACUGAAGCCUAUUUCUGUCUUACUGUGAUUGACCUGUAGCAUCAGUGAGUGCAUCUGAGGCAGCAUCAGUUCCAGAUGUCAGCCCUCAACAUGUAUGAGCAAGAGAGCGAGAGAAUACCUGGGCAAGCUGAAGGUGCUGAUUGAAUAGCUGAACCCAUGGCGGACUUCACUUUAGACAUUGUAAAAGGCACCAUCCAAUUACCCUCUCUAAAUGAUAAUGAUGAAAUGAUACUUCAAUAAAUUUAUUAAACAACAAA